AUGUCAGCCACAAGAACAGAGACACAGGUGCCCACAUCUUUGCAGGUGACCACCGAGAGGGGUUACAAGAUCACUGAGAGGGGGGCCCACAACAUAUCGAUGGGGUUUGGGCCUCCAUAUCCAAUCCCCCAGUUUGAAGACAAGUACAAAGAGCGUGAAUGGGCUUUAGAGCACAUGGCUGCGGCAUUUCGUGCUUUUGCCCGGAAAGGAUACGACGAGGGAUCAUCUGGGCACAUUUCAAUUCGAGACCCGGUGGAUCCCACCACGUUCUGGAUCAACCCGCUGGGAAGACAUUUUGCUCUGCUGAAAGCUUCAGAUAUGGUGCAAGUUGACGAGGACGGAAAUGUGAUAGGUGGAAACCAGCAUACGAUCAAUUCAGCCGGGUUUGCCAUCCAUUCCGCUCUACACAAGGCUAGACCCGAUGUGAAUGCCGCAUGCCAUUGUCAUUCCGUCUAUGGAAAGGCAUACGGAGUCUUUGGAAAACCCCUAGAGAUGCUCAACCAGGACGUGUGUACGCUCUAUGAGAACCAUGCUGUUUACUCCGACUUUGGUGGAGUGGCUGUUGAGAAAAAAGAGGGUGAAGCCAUUGCCAGUGCCGUCGGAGACACUGCCGGAGCCAUCUUGCAAAAUCACGGUUUGAUAACUGUGGGGUACACCGUAGACGAGGCCGCUUACUUGUUCAUGUUAAUGGAGAAGUCUUGCGAAAUUCAACUUUUGGCGGACGCUGCGGCCUCUAAUGGGCUUGAGAAGAAGUAUAUUGGCGACGAGGAGGCUGCGUACACUCGUCACAUUCAGGCAGACAGAGAAACUCUCUAUAUGGACUUCCAAAGCUAUUAUGAGCUUGAGCUGGAGUUGAGUAAUGGUGCUUUUUUGAUCAAAAAGGAAACCUAA